UAUAUAUAUAUACAAACCCGCUCUCCAAGUUUAGACCCAAAAAAGAAAAAAAAAGAAAACCCCUUUUCUUCGCAUAAACCCUAAUUCCGAGUCUCUCUCACUCUCUGAGAAUCCAUGGCUAUACUAACUGAAUGCGAAGACGAUCAAAAGCAUACUCCAAAGCCAUCGUCUUCGACAAAGAAAUUCAACGCUGAGUUCGAUCCUUCGAACCCUCUAGGGUUUCUCGGGACCGUUUUUGAGUUUGUUUCUCGGGAAUCUGAUCUGUUCAAGAGUGACUCUGUUGUUAGAGAUGUCAACGCGUUGGUUCGAAAUGUGAAAGAGAAAGUUGAUGCGGAGGAGAGGAAGAAGAAGAUGGAGAAGGCUGAGGCUAGCGUAAAGGCUGAGAAAAUAGCCAAGGAGGAGGCUCAGGCGUCGCCGUCACGGUCGGUGAAAGGGAAGGAGGGGAACAAAGAGGAGAUGGCGGAGGAUGGGAAGGAGACUGACGGCAAGCGAGCUCCCAAUAAAGGCAAUGGUCUUGAUCUGGAUAACUACUCUUGGGUUCAAACCUUGCAAGAAGUUACCAUUAAUAUUCCAGUCCCUCCUGGAACAAAAUCGAGGGAGAUUGCAUGUGAGAUGAAGAAGAACCAUCUGAAAGUUGGACUUAAGGGUCAACCUCCAAUAAUUGAUGGUGAACUGUUUCAGUCUAUCAAGGUUGAAGACUGCUUCUGGAGCUUAGAGGAUCAGAAAUCCAUCUCUGUACUUCUGACCAAACAGAACCAAAUGGAAUGGUGGAAAAGUUUGGUAAAAGGUGAUCCUGAAGUUGAUACUCAAAAGGUGGAACCGGAAAGCAGCAAGCUGUCUGAUCUGGACCCAGAAACACGGUCCACUGUGGAAAAAAUGAUGUUUGACCAGCGACAGAAGACCAUGGGCCUUCCAACAAGUGAUGAGAUGCAGAAACAAGAGCUUCUCAAAAAGUUCAUGGCUGAGCAUCCCGAGAUGGACUUCCGAGGGGCAAAAAUAUGUUAAAAAUCCUUCCUUCGCAUCAAGAGCCUGCUGCUUUUCGGUAAUGUUUGUCUUAGAUGGAAUGGAGUGUCUCCUUUGCCCGUCUUUUGGACCGAGAUUGGUCUUGUUACUUUUUGGAUGGCAACUUUGUUUAGAUAACUUGGUUAACAGUUUGUUGGUUGGAUGGGAUUGAUGGUACAGUCAUUUAAAUACCAUAUUAAUAUAUAUUAGCUUUGCUUUUUGGAAA